AAACCACUCCAGUACCUUUGCCAAGAAAAUCUCAUGGACAUUAUUGGUGUGCUAUGAUGGGGUCAUGAAGAGUUGGAUAUGACUAAACAACAAAACUAUGGAAAUUGGAAUGUGCCACUUGAAGAGCAGCAAGGCCAGAUUGGUUGGGCCAAAGAUUGUUGAAGGAAAGUAAUUGUGUAAUAAGACUAUAAGACUUCAAAAUGACUUCCAUAUUGACCCGUGCAUUCAGAAAUCUGCCUGUGACAUCAACCUGGGCCUUCAAAUUCUCUGUAAGAUCACUGAGCUGUUCCUCCCAACAACUGACAGCAGCUGUACAGACCCAAAGUAAGAAGACCUUAAGCAAGCCCAAUGUAAAGAAUAUUGUGGUGGUCGAUGGAGUGCGCAUUCCCUUUCUGCUGUCUGGCACCUCAUACAAAGAUCUGAUGCCACAUGAUUUGGCCAGAGCAGCACUUAAGGGCCUGUUACAGAGAACUGGUAUCCCAAAGGAUAGUGUCGAUUAUAUUGUCUAUGGUACAGUUAUCCAGGAAGUGAAAACAAGCAAUGUUGCUCGAGAGGCUGCACUGGGAGCUGGCUUCUCAGACAAGAUUCCUUCUCACACUGUCACUAUGGCUUGCAUCUCUUCUAACCAAGCCAUGACAACAGGAUUUGGUUUCAUUGCUUCUGGCCAGUAUGAUGUGGUUGUGGCAGGUGGUGUGGAGUUAAUGUCAGAUGUCCCUAUUCGACAUUCUAGGAAGAUGAGGAAACUGAUGCUUGAUCUUAACAAGGCCAAGACCCUGGGUCAGCGACUGUCUUUAGCUUCUAAAUUCAGACUGAAUUUCUUAGCACCAGAGCUCCCUGCAGUGGCUGAGUUCUCAACCAAUGAGAUGAUGGGCCAUUCUGCUGACCGACUGGCAGCUGCUUUCUCUGUUUCCCGAACAGAACAGGAUGAGUAUGCCCUUCGUUCUCACCGUUUAGCCAAGAAGGCCCAGGACCAAGGACUCCUCACGGACAUUAUUGCCUUCAAAGUUCCAGGAAAAGAUACAGUUACGAAAGAUAAUGGCAUCCGUCCUUCCUCACUGGAACAGAUGGCAAAACUGAAACCUGCCUUCAUUAAGCCGUACGGCACCGUCACAGCUGCUAACUCCUCUUUUCUGACUGAUGGAGCUUCGGCAAUGCUGAUUAUGUCAGAAGAAAAAGCUUUGGCCUUGGGCUACAAACCAAAGGCGUACUUAAGGGAUUUUGUGUAUGUGUCUCAAGAUCCAAAAGAUCAACUUUUAUUGGGGCCAACAUAUGCUACUCCUAAAGUGCUAGAAAAAGCAGGCUUAACAUUGAAAGAUAUUGAUGUUUUUGAAUUUCAUGAAGCUUUCUCAGGUCAGAUUUUGGCUAACUUCAAAGCAAUGGAUUCAGAUUGGUUUGCACAAAACUACAUGGGCAGGAAAUCCAAGGUUGGUGCACCUCCUUUGGAGAAGUUUAAUAACUGGGGUGGAUCCCUGUCCCUUGGACAUCCCUUUGGUGCCACUGGUUGUCGUCUGGUCAUGGCAGCUGCCAACAGGUUAAGGAAUGAUGGCGGUCAGUAUGGAUUAGUUGCUGCCUGUGCAGCAGGAGGACAGGGCCAUGCUAUGAUUGUGGAGACUUACCCUAAUUAAGAAGACUAGAGUCCCUGAACAAUCUGUGAAGUCCUAUGCCAGGCAAUGCCAUUUCAGUGCACUAAUUAAUAUCAAGUCAUCUAUACCUGUGUGCUUCUCUUAGGAAAGCAGGAUUUGUAGCCUUUUGUUAAAUAUUACCUGAUUAAGCCUCAUGAGUGUUCUGAGCUAUUCAGUUAUCAUGGCUUGUAACUCUUUCAAGGAUUUCUUAACCGAACAAUAUAAUGCUUCCAAAAAGGUCUUUCUUUUUUCUUUUAAAAAAUUUUUUUGUCAGUUUCAUUAGAAACUAAAUGAGUGGUUGUAAUUUGAGGGAAUGUAUAAUUAAGAUUUGAAAUCAUUUGUGUUACAUUCUCAAAAUCUCCUUGUUCAGAAUUUUAUUUUGCUAGUAACAUACAGGUAAAUAUGGUUUCUUUCGUUCUAAAUAAAAUACAAACCAAGUGCCUAAUCCAAUUUAAUAAUGAAAGAAUGAUGUAAAGUCUAAACUACACUGAGAAACAUCAGUAAAUGUUUAGCUAUAGAAAUAUCAUCCUUAUUUGUCCACCUUAAUAAACUUAAGAAGUUUUAGAGA